AUGAAGAUCGACCUUUAUCAUUUUCUCUCCCAUGAAGCGCUUGGCAGCUGGGGUGGACGUGGCUCGUCUUCAUGGGGCUGGACUUCAGCAGAUGGUAGAGAAUUCGUCGCCAUUGGCCAAUACGACGGCACCGCCUUUGCAGAGAUCUCAGAGGAGGGAAAGCUGCUUUAUCUCGGCCGUCUCCCACAAUACGAUCGAAUCGGCUCGCAAUGGCGCGAAAUACGUAUCGUUGGUGAUAUUGCCGUGAUUGGGUCCGAGGCCAUUCACCAUGGAGUGCAGUUCUUCGACAUGAAGAAGGUCCUUGAUCUAGAUCCCGCAAACCCGAAGAACUUCACUCAGGAAGAGCUUACUGGGCACUGGGACGAGCUCCCCAUGGGGCGUACUCACAACAUCGUCGUCAAUCACGAACUCAACUAUGCCAUUGCUUGUGGCUCUGUGGGCGGAAACGAAACCAUUCGGGUGCGAGGCGAUCUGCCCUGUCGGGGCGGUCUGAUUUUUCUCGACAUCAGCGACCCAACCAACGUAACAAGCCCUGGCUGCGCUGCGGGGGAUGGUUAUGUGCAUGAUGCUGAGUGUCUAGUAUAUCGUGGCCCAGACCAUCGGUACUAUGGAAGAGACAUCUGCUAUGGCUACAACGAGGAUACUCUUACCAUCUACGACGUCACUGAUAAGAACGGUAACACCACAAACAUCAUCUCAAUUACGGACUACCCUGGUGCGCAAUACGUACAUCAAGGUGUCGUCAAUAACGAAACUUGGCAAGAGUACUUGUUCAUUGACGACGAAUUCGACGAGAGGGAUGCCAAGGUCGGCCCAAUGACGCAAGGUCUUCCCACAACCCACAUUAUGGACAUCCGCAACUUGGAAGCUCCAGUCUAUGUAGGGCACUACGCUGGGAAGACUAGGUCUAUUGACCACAACCAGUACAUGGUGAAUGGUUAUUUGUAUCAGUCAAACUACGGGAAUGGGUUAAACGUGCUUGACGUCAGCAGUGUUACUAAGGACCCAACGGGUAGCAGCAUCUGCGAGGCUGGCUUUUUCGACAUUUAUCCCGAAGAUGAUGAGAAUGAAGGUGGUGGCACAGUUGCAUUCCUCGGAUCGUGGUCCUCGUUUGCCAACUUCAAGUCCGGCUUCAUUUUCGUACACACAAUCGAGCGCGGCAGCUUCGUGGUCAAGAUGACAUCCAAGGAAUGCCCAAAAGCACCUGUCUGCAACGCCGAUAAUUGCCUUCGGGCGUUGCGGGCCUCACACAUUCCUGAUCGCCUAAAGGAGUCUGGAGAGUUCUGUGGCAAUUACACCCAGCGCCUCAACACCGACGACAUCCUUGUGCCUGGGUAUGCUGCCGAGGCAUGCGGCGGAGAGGAUAAGCAUGUUGUUGCACGGGUCAGCAGCGCUUGUGCUUGUAUCCCGACACCUGCUGUUCCGGAAUUACCAAGAACUACUACUCGUCCCCCGGUUCCGACGGUGCUGCCCCCAAAGAAGCAGUAG